AUGGAAUCUGAUGUUGCCCCUGCUGUGGGUGAAGAGCCAAUGGAGCAGACAAUGGAACAGAAGGUUUUUAUGGGUGAUCAAAACUUAACCAACACUGGGAUGGAAACUCAAGGCAAUUCUGCUUCUUUGGAAACUGCACAAGACUCUGUAGAAGUCCCAGGAGAAACAGACACAACAGAUACCGAGUCCAUAAAGACUCAAGAAAUGACGAUAGAUCAAUUGUUGUCUGCUGAAUCAGAAUCAAGCACUUAUACAGAUACACAAAAGGAGCUAACAAAUGAGUCAACAUUUUCAAAUGAUGAACAUCAUGUGGAAAGUCCAACUACAAGAGAAAGUUUUACCUUCAAAUGUGUGUUCUGUGACAAAGUUCUUGGUGCUGCAGACAAUCCCAAACUUCUGGAAUGUCUGCAUAAUGUCUGUGGUGGAUGCAUCAACAGUCGGCUUUAUGAGCAUGGAGAUGAUUCUCAUCAAGUUGAAUGUCCUUUGUGUACUAUCCCAUGUACAGCAGAUCGCAUCAUUGAUAACCAGUUCCUAUUAGAGUUAAGUGCCAGUGCAGGCAACAGCUGUGGUAGUAAUGAGGAGACCACCAGCGCCACUCAGAAGCCCACUGAACUAAAAUGCAGCAGUUGCAGUGAUGAUGCAGAUGCCACCAGCUAUUGUGUGGACUGCUCAGAAUUCAUCUGUGACAAUUGUGUCCAGGCUCAUCAGCGUCUGAAGAUUACCAAAGACCAUACAAUAAAGCCAAAAGAAGAUGGCCUUAUUGAGUCUAACUCAGUUGCCAGUGGCAGCGGGCUCAACAGUAUGUUCUGUCAGCAGCACCCACAUGAAAAGUUGAGCCUGUUCUGUGAAACCUGUGACAUGCUCACAUGCAGAGACUGCCAAUUGAUUGAACACCGUGAACACAAGUACAAAUUCACCAAUGAGAUUGCCUCUGAAGCCAGAAAGUUCAUUGGGGAGAUGCUCAAAGAUGUUGGCUAUAAACGGGCUUUGUUAACAAGUGCAAUGAAAGUAAUCGAGGACCGACAAAAUUUGAUUACAGAAAAGAAACAUGCACUGGUUAGGGAAAUCACACAACUGGUAGUCAAACUAACAAACACAAUAAAUGUAAGAGGGAAGCAGCUGGUGUCAAAGUUGUCCGAGGUAUGUGAAUCUAAGCAAAAGACACUGCAUGAGAAGAAACAGGCACUCGAACAGUUAUCCAAGAUGACUGAUCAUUGCAUCAGCUUCACACAAAAUGCUUUAGAUAAUGGAAGUGAUAUGGCACUGCUCUACAGCAAGAAACAGGUGACAGAGCAUUUGAAAAGAAUAAAGUGCAAAAGGGCUGAUAUUCCAAACCCAGAAAUACCUGUCAGGAUACAUCUAGCAUUGGAUAAAGUCCCAGAUCUAAUCAAAGUUAUGGCAACAAUUGGUCAGAUAGUAGUAGAUGGUCGCAUCUACCCAUCAGAACCAGUAUCUCCUGCAGGGAUUGGAGGGGGUUCCCAGCAACAGCAUAUGGUACCACAGCGCCCACCUUCAUUGCCCAACAGCCCUAGUCCACAUCAGAGGCCACCUCAGCAAAUGUCACCUAUAGAUGUUGCCCAACAACACCAGAUGUCUUCUCCAACAGGGUCUGCCGGUCCAUAUCCAACACAUCAACAAAGAAUUCAACAUGCUGCGCCGAAUUACGGACAAACCAGUGGAGGUCAAGAACAGCAACAGCAGUAUCAAUACCAGCAGCAGAUGCAACAACAACAGAUGCAGGGUCAGCAAUCACGACUACAAAGCAUGGGGCCACCAUCGAUUAAUAACAUUCCUCAAGCCAUCCCAAUAUCAUUAACCCAACAGCUGAACAUGAAGCCAAUGCAGAGGCCACUUCCAAACAUGCAGCGACCCAAUGUAGCCAGACUGCCGUUGGGCCUCAACCAACAGCAACAACAGGUAUCGUCUUCAACUCACCCAUCUGGCAUAUUAGGAGAAAGGAACAAUCUGAGGCACCUGUUACAACCAAACACCAAUAGCGGCGGUAAUCCGAUCUACAUACAAACUGGUCCUGGUCAGUAUCAAGCCAUACAGCCACACAUUGUUCAGCAGUUCCAGAACAGGUUCCCUGCCGCUGCAGCUUCUCAGGGACAACAACAGAUCAGAUUCAGUCAUCAACCAGCCUCCAAUCAGAUGCGGAUGUUGGUUCCCAACCAGUCGCCGCAACAACAGCAGCUGUCUCGGAUCCAACAGCACCUGCAACAGCAACAAUCCCAUCAACAACAGCAACAGAGGCCUCCACCUCAAUACCAGAACAGUAUGAGUGCCAUCGGAGGCGCCAAGUGGCAUACCCCUCAGCAAAGCAUGGGUGGACAUCAUCAGCAACAGCAGCAACAACGGUGUGGCAUGGGGGGUGGCAUGAGCCUACUGACAACCGCCGUCAACGACAACUUCAAGAUUACGCUUCGUCAGCAGGCAGUACCGGGGACAUCCACUCAACCCGCUACUGUCACUACAUUGCCUCAGGCCACGUCUGCAGAUAAGACAGUGUCCAGUACCAUUCCUAAAACGCCAUCCCCUAAACCUCCACAGGGUAAAUCAGAUACAGAGAGAAGCCUAGACAAAUUUUGCGAAGACUCUGUAAAGGAUUUGAUGGCGACCAUUGCAAAAUUGGAUUCCAAUGGAGUUCAGGUGUUGGCAGAAGGAAGGCAGAAAGGUAGUUCGCCGCAUGUGGACAGCUCAACCGGAGAUUCGACACCUGUGCACAAAAUCAAGACGGAAUUGUCAGAGGCAAGUAAGGACGAUCCGAACGAGGACUGGUGUGCGGUCUGCAUGGACGGUGGGGAGCUCGUCUGUUGUGAUAAGUGCCCGAAGGUGUUUCAUCAGUACUGCCACAUACCAAACCUGAGCGUCGAGGAAAACGACACGUGGCAGUGUCUAUUGUGCAUGAAUUUUGCGGACCUGACUGAGAAUGCCGGUGCUACCGACAAGAACGGCCAUGAACUUAGCGCUAAAGAAAAGAAAACUGCAGAACGACUCGUUUUGGAAUUGUACUGCCAAUACGAACCCAGCUUGCAUUUCAGAGAAGUCAUUGGAUCAGAAAAUACUGAAUAUCACUCUAUAAUUAAAAAACCAAUUGCCUUGGACACGAUCAGGCAGAAAUUGAACUGGGGGUCAGAGAAUCAGUAUAGAAACUUGGCUGAUUUGGUAAAAGAUGUCAGAUUGAUGUUCAGGAAUGCAUACACUUUCAACCCAAUGGAUUCGCAAGUAUACCAAGAUGCGAAGACUUUGGAAAAGUUCUUUGAUGAGCAGCUCGAGAAGUUUCUGCCAGAGUUUGCAUAUGAACAGUUCAACGAUGAUGAGGAGGAGGAUGCUGAGCUGCGACCCCCCGGUCGGAAGUAUCGCAAGGUCGUCAAUGAUUGA